AUGAGUUUCCUUUCGGAUUACCUCCGCCACAAGCGGGACUGUAAUCUUAAACGAGCCGAGCGUAAAGAACGCAUCUCCUCGCUCGGUCCGGAAUACCAUGCCGCCUUGUCUGGCAAAGACCUCGACACCAUUAACAAGCCCAUCGCCGAACUCGUGUCCGGCGUCCAGUCCAAUGCCAUAUCACCAAUCUCAGUACUCCAAACCUACGGCAAGGUUGCCGUCAGAGCCCACCUCAAGACCAACUGCCUGACCGAGGUCCUCAUCUCCGCCGCCGAGGACUCCCUCAAAAACUCCAAGGGAGUCAACCUCCAGGGUCCCCUGGCCGGAAUCCCCGUCAGCCUGAAGGACACCAUCAUCGUAGGCGGCUUCGACACGACGGUCGGGUACUCCUCCUUCGUCGGGAACAAGGCCGAGAACCCGCAGGACGGGCCGAUGGUGCGUCUUCUCAAAGACGCCGGCGCCGUCCCUUAUGUCAAGACCAACCUGCCCAUCUCCCUGCUGAGCUACGAGAGCACCAACGACGUGUGGGGCCGCUGCACGAACCCGUACAACAAGGCGUACUCGCCCGGCGGCUCGACGGGCGGCGAGUCGGCGCUCCUGGCUUGUGGCGGACGCAUCGGCAUCGGUAGUGAUGUGGCGGGCAGCGUCAGGGUGCCGGCCCAUUUCAGCGGGUGUUAUUCCCUGAGGUGCGCGACGGGGCGCUGGCCCAAGGCGGGCAUCCUGACCAGCAUGCCCGGUCAGGAAGGCGUGCCUAGUGUUUACUCACCGAUGGCGAGGACGCUGGAUGAUUUAAGCUAUUUUACCAAGGCGGUGAUUGGGAUGAAGCCGUGGAAGUACGAUCACUCUGUUCACCCGCUUGCGUGGAGGGAUGAAGUAGUAGAGGAGUUUGCGGAUCAGGAGAGGAGGCUGAGGGUUGGCGUGUUGAGGACGGACAAAGUGGUUGAUCCGAGUCCGGCAUGCAAGCGGGCGCUGGAGACGGUGGAGGAGGCAUUGAGGAGAGAAGGGCAUGAGAUUGUGGAGAUGGAGGAUGCGCCGGAUAUGUUCGAGGCGUUGCGGAUGGGGGCGUUGUUGCUGAAUGCGGAUGGUGGAUGGUGGUUCAACUCGUACAGGAGGUUCGGGGAGUGGCUGGACUCGGGAGCGAGCUUGCUGUCGUUUGGCAAGUGGCCAAGCAUCGUCCGGUAUUUGUCAUACCUGUGGAUAAAGUACAUUCGAAGGGACAACCUUUGGGCAGAGCUGGUGAAGCAGACGAGGCCCAUCUCGGCUGCCGAGAACUGGGGGGAGGUCAAGAAGAGAGAGGCGUACAGGGCCGAGUGGUUCGAGUACUGGAACAGGAAGCAGUUCGAUGUGCUUAUUUCACCGCCAAAUGCGCUGCCUGCCAUUCCGCACGAUGCCUCGAAGGAUACCUUCAGCAAUUGCGGAUAUUGCUUUCUUUUUAACUUGCUCGACUACACAGCCGGCAUCAUCCCCGUCACGCAUGUCGAUAGUGCGCUCGAUAAGCUCCCGAGCACCUUUGACCAUAAGAGGCUGAACGGUAUCGCGACCAGAGCUUACAGACACUAUGACGCCGAGCGCAUGCAUGGACUUCCAGUCGGUGUGCAGAUUAUUGGCCGCCGUUUAGAAGAAGAGAAGGUCCUGGCGGUAAUGAAGAGAGUCGAGAAUGCGCUUGGAAAGGACAAGUACAAGCUGUUUGACCCAGAGCUGUUGAAUAACGUGGUGGAUUAGGAAGCCCAAAAACACAUACAUCGCCUUUCAAAGCCAAAAGAUGAGAUCUAGGGCGUAGGAGUACCUGGCGGCGGUUGGGUGGACCCGGGUCUAGAGAGAGCCUAUCCAUAAUCAUUGAUUGUCUUUAUACCUAAAUUGAAUUGGUUAUGGUAUGAUCAGCGUAUAGUUUGACCACAAUAGUGUUGGAAGUCAGAGGAGCCUUACAG